AUGGGUAACCAGCAGUCUAACAUGGGCGGCGGCCCCGGUGGUGAUGGACGUGAUGAUAAAGACAAGAAGAAGGACAAACCCAGAUACGAACCUCCCCCUCCCCCUACCACUCGUAUUGGUCGCAAGAAGCGUAAGGCCGCCGGCCCAAGUACCGCUUCGAAGCUCCCGGAUAUCUAUCCAACCUCGCGAUGCAAGCUACGAUAUCUUCGAAUGCAACGCGUUCACGACCACCUACUGCUAGAGGAGGAAUACGUUGAGAAUAUGGAGCGCAUGCGCAAAUCCAAGGCCCUAGUCACCCAAAGCUCCGCUGCCCAGAGCGAUCUGGACGUGACAGAUCGGAAUGCGGAUGAGCGAAGUCGAGUGGACGACAUGCGAGGCAGCCCGAUGGGCGUUGGUAAUCUCGAGGAGCUGAUUGACGACGACCAUGCGAUCGUAUCCAGUGCUACUGGCCCUGAAUACUACGUCUCCAUCAUGUCAUUUGUCGACAAGGAUCUCCUGGAGCCUGGUGCUAGCAUUCUGCUUCACCACAAGUCAGUGUCAGUUGUUGGUGUCCUCACGAGGAGUCUGAUCCCUUGGUAUCAGUGA